AGCACAAAGUGUAUUUGAUAGAAAAAAAUAUCCCUGCUGAGGAUGUGAAGGUGCAUCAUCCCACUGGCUCAUAAUCAGAAGAAGGUUUCUGUACUGAAGGUCAGAUCUGUGUGUGUUUAAAAUGAAUGUCUGCAUUAGGUAUUAGAGAAUGUAAAUUAGUUUCUAACCAGAUUUUUCGAUUUAUCUGCCUGUGCUAGGUUGGAAUUCACAUGCAAUGUGCAGAGCUUGCAAACAUCCAGUGUCUCCAGAGAGAAGACUUUGCAGACAGAGAAAUACUUUUCACCAUUCUGCCCCUUCAAGUAUUUAUGAGUCUCAUUUAUUUCAAAAAACAGGCUAAUGAUAUCGCUUUGCUACUUAGUCUCAUUGCUGUAAAAUGUUUGGAAAUGAUCUCCAGACUGUUUUUCUCCAUCAGUUUUACUCCCGGUAUGAAAACAUUUUUAAGGUUGAUAUAACUCUGACCGAAAUGCCCUAGACUUUAAGUUAUUUGUGGAGAGUAUUUCAACCUGGCAUAAGUAAGUAGAGAGACCUGGUGGUCACUUGUUGGCUCUGUCCCUGAAGCGAUUUCUGUCUCAGGACAAUGGUCCAUCUUCCACAAUUUGGCUAUUAUGAACAAACCGAGGUGCAUCACUUGCACAGGUAAAACUGAUCUGUCAGAGUUCAGAUUAUUCUCAAACAUUAAAGAUCAGGAUCAAUACUAGGCUAGUUUAUACUUUGUUUUGCAGCUGAUGUGGGACGUCCCUUCACUUACAACCUCACAACGUACAGCACAACCAGUGAACCUUUAUAGUUAUGUGUGUAUAUGUUUAUAUAUAUUACUAUUGUCCUAACUAAGUGCUGGUUGGGGCAGUAAGAAGUUAACCUCUGAUUUGUACCUUCAUAACAAAAGCUAAGGGAAACUAAACUCAACUCACAGUCGCUAAUUCUCUGGUGUUUCAGCAUUUUAAUGAUGUAAAACCAUGUUAGAAAUUUUAGGUAAAACAUUUUGUCUGGUACUUGCUUUCAAAUGUGUGAAAUCUUUGCUCUAUUUCAGAAAAUUAUUAUUUUUUCAUUUAAAAAAAAAUUUCACUGGGCAGUAAAAUCUGAAAAUGACAGUAACAAAUGUCUAACACAGCUUUGCAUCAUUAAAAUGUGGAAAAAACUGAGAAUAGGUCCAGAUCUCUGGUCUCCGCUAACACAUGGCCAAGAAAGAUCCACAAGAGAAGGUUACAGAGUAAGAUCUAUCACUCCUCACUUUAUUUUGGGUGAAGACAAAUGUUGAGAGAAGUUGGAGGAACUGCUUUUAGAGAAAAUUCGUUUUCUGCUACCUUUAAUUUACACCGAUAAUAUUUAGAAAAAGGUGGCUCAGUAUAUCGGCUCACUUUCUAACCUGUUUUACGGUGGAUCCUGUCUUAGGUGCAUCGACUCUGUCUAUACAGUCUAUGGGUCUGUGUCAAUAUAGACGAUCUUUGGCUGCGACAAAACUUGUCGCACGUUUAAAACGUCACUCCAGAUCAGCUAAUAACGUACAUAAUGUAACAUGUAAGUAUUUGUGACUGUAGUGUAUUUUUUGUGGCGUUUGUUUUAAAAUGUAUUUACUUACCAAUAAACACGAUGAAAUAUUUCAGCGUUAAAGGAAAUUAACAUUUUUGGCCGAAAGCAAAUUAGCGUCGCACAAUUUGACGUGUUAACCAAGCGCCAAAUCUAAAAUGACACUAAACGGUCUUUGAGUUUACACACUCUAACAAUGCGAAACAAACUCAAACGAAGCAAAAACGUAAAGGACACAGGGAACCAAAGCAAAGCGCAAACCAGCGAGGUGAUAGUUUUAUCCGAGUCCACCUGCUCUGAUGGUGAAACAUCACCAAAUGCAGAAGACAAACGUGUCUCAAAUGCUGCUGCAGGCUUUUCUGAGCGACAGUUUAAACCACUACAGGAGGAGAGGGAAGCAUUAUCCGCAAAAGGCGCUAAAAUUGCACCAAUUUUCUUACGCAAAAGACAGCAGACCAAGAGCAAACGGAGCAGCGAUGGAGAGAAGACGCAGAAAUCAGUGCUGCCUCCUCAGAGUGAUGAUCUGCAAGUCUCUCAUCUGACAGGUAGAGACGACUCUGUUCUGUCCAGCUGGAGAGGACAGCUGUUACCUUCAGCUCUGCACAGCUGUCUGGAAGAAAUCCAAACGUCUAAUCCAGCAUUUCCAGUCAAGGCAGUGUUCAGGACUCUGCAGAAGAAAGCAAGCGAGGGACUGCAGGAGUGUGGAUCCACAGGGUGCUCCUCAUGUCCAAGCUCCGCACAGAGCUGUCUGAAAGAGAAGAGGAGACGGGAAACUGAAACCUCUGAGAGGACGCCCAAACGUCUGAGGUCUAAUUUCGCUGCAGAGGAUGCUGCUGGUAUCAGUCGCUGCCGUCUGUCAGCGCAGGAAGUCCAGGAAAAUAAAGUCCCUGCUGUACAGAAGCAGCCCAGGAGCAGCAGACUGAGUCGCACUCACAAACUGAAGCAGCAAACUGGGAGAACUGAAGCAAACCUGGUGACCAACUGUGAGCCGAACUCUGGAUGGACAAAUCACACAGGAUCAGACACCCAGUCUCUCAAAAGCUAUGAAAUGCUCCAGGGAGAUUCCUGCUUUGAGGAUGUGCUCUGGACAGAUAAGUACAGUCCUCAGGAUUCAAGUGAAGUUAUUGGUAAUUCUGCCUCAGUGAAGAGACUACACAGCUGGUUGAAGAAAUGGAAACUAAGAGCAGACCGUGAUGAGAGGAGAAAAGUGGAGGAAAGGAGGCGAGAAGAAAACAGUAAUGACUCGUGGGAUUGUGGAGACUUCCAGGGUGAGGCCGGGUCAGAGGAGCCACUGUGUAACACAAUGCUGAUCACAGGACCCUCAGGUGUGGGAAAGACUGCCUCGGUGUACGCCUGCGCUCAGGAGCUCGGCUUCAAGGUAUUCGAGGUGAACUGCUCGUCACAGCGCAGCGGCCGCCAUGUCCUGUCCCAGCUGCAGGAAGCUACCCAGUCCCACCUAGUGGAGAUGUCAGGGACAGACCCACUGAAACCAGCUUACUUCAACAACUACAGCACCAGCAGCUCCACUAAUAAACCGGAGACUUUACCAGGAAAACCAGCUCUUCAUAAAAAUCUCACCUCGACUCGAAAAAAGAAGGCAGCACAAAAUCUGGCCUCUUAUAGAUGCAAAGUAAAAGCCAAACCAGCCACAGUGACUUUGGUGCACUACUUUAAGAUGAAAACCAAAGCAAAUCGCUUACACUUGGGUGGCCUGUCGCCAUCUGAAAAACCAGACAGCAAGAAAGUGGGCGACUCAUCAUCUGGCUGUGAUCAAACAGCGCCGCAGAACAAAAAGACAGCAACAUCGCUCAUUCUGUUUGAAGAGGUUGAUGUCAUAUUUGACGAUGAUGUUGGUUUCCUUGCAGCCAUUAAAGCUUUCAUGACGACCACUAAAAGACCAGUCAUUCUGACCACCAAUGAUCCCACAUUUAAAGAGAGAUUUGACUGCAGCUUGGAGGAAAUCAUUUUCAAACCCCCAUCGGCAGUGAACGUUUGCACUUACCUGCAGCUGGUGUGUUUGGUUGAGAAAGUGCGACUGGAUUUGGAUGACGUUAGCAGCCUCCUAAGACUCAGCUGUGGUGACGUCAGACGCUGCCUGUUGCAGCUGCAGUUCUGGGUGUACAGUGGUGGAAGACGGACAUCUCGGAGUGGAAGCUUCCCCAAAGAACCUCUCUGUAUACAGUACUCAAAUGCUACUGAAGAAGGAAACCGUUUAGACUCCCAACUUCCUCCAUGCAAAACAGGCUGCUCUGCCAACAUGCUGGGUCUGUAUCCCGCAACCCCAAACUAUCUGCUGAACCUCCUAAAGGGUCCAUCCUGGUCUAAAGCGGCCAUGAACAAGCUCCUGAAUGUCCUCGCUGAGAGCUGGAGAAGAGCUGUGCCUCUCCUGUAUUCCAACCUGGAGCUUCUUCUGUCCAUAGGAGGAAAGGGAACUUUAGUCCACAACAUGGACGAGGUGAUUCUUUCUGGGCUGCAGAGUGAGCCGGCACCCUCUAACAGCAAUGUUUGCUUCCAGAAACAGAAUCAGAAUGUCAGCCCAAACGUGUCAGUGACCAGCAGCAAACCUGUCAGGAAUAUCUCCAGGCUGAGCAGAAGGAAAUGCAUCUCAUCAUCUUCCGAUCCGUCGUCCCACAAACCUCAGAUAACAUCAUCAUUAAAUGAAACCCCUCCAAGCUCGCCAAGUUCAAGUGACAAAACUGAACAAAAAGUGACAAGUGGCUGUUUAGAAGCGCUGACCGACUUCUUUGACCUCAUGUCGUACCUUGAUGCCACACUGCCGGCUGCAGAGAUGCUUGUUUCAGGCUCCUGCACACCUGAAGCGUUUAUCUGGACAGGAGCGGAGUUGAAGGACGGUUUGUUGGAUGAGAUGAGCGAGGAGGAGGGCUGGAGUUGGAGUCAGGAGAGGUUGUUGGACAUUCAGGCAGCUGUUGAAGGUUUGGGGUGUCGCAGGUAUUGGUGGAGAAUGUCUGAGGUGUGGACAGGAGCUCAAAAAGACAGACAGAAACUGGAGGACAAAAAGUGGGGAAGGCUGGUGGAGAGUCUCGCUUUCACUUCCUCAUCUCAAAGACGGAGUUUCAGUUUUAGUUUUCCAUCUCUGUGUGCAUCAAGCGUGUCCCAGAGGAGAUACAGACUGAGCAGGAUGGUGCUCAGCUCUAAAUCCUUCAGCCUGCUGGGGAACAGACAGGCUGUCAGCGUCGACUACAUGCCGGCGCUUCGAUCCAUCUGUCGCUCUCACAGAACAAGGCAACAACAAGGGGAGACAGUAAGGAAAGUUCAUCAGGGCUUAGCACGCCACUGGCGGCGAAGAAGAUUCACUGAGCAGCUCAUAAAAAGCUACAGCCUGAAGCAGGGCGUCGCAGAGCUCCUCUCCUCCUCUUCUGCUUCCCAUCUGGAAGGAAUUUCUAUGCUUAACCAGCAAAUCCUGGGGAAAGUUUAUCCUGGGAAGCUUCUGUGUCACAGAUUCAGUCAUCAGCUGUCGCACUGUCUGCGCCCCGCUGGUCCGAGACUCGCCCACCAUCAGUCCAAAGUGACGUCCGACAGCAGUCCUCAUCAUGUUGAGCACCCUGCAGAGGAAGGACGCAGUCAAGGAGGAAAUUUCUGGUAAUUUCGUGCAUAUUUCCUGAGUGUUCAGAAAAUGUACAGCUCAAAUCAAGCACAUUUGGACACACGUCACUAUUUUUACACAGUCUCCUGCUUGCAGUUAUUUUAGCGGAGUACAGGUAUUUCACAGACUUGUUGGAAUUCCUUCUACUUGUCGGUGUGAAAACAAAACAGCUGGGUAAGACAAACACAUGCUAUGUUUCAGUUAUUAUUUCCACGUCAUAUUCCAGUUUGCACCCGCUUCUUCUACUGGCACUCUAUGGCACAAGCUGCUUAUCUCAAAUUCUAAUAUUCCAUUGUCUGAGCAUCUAUUGACGUUAUAGAUGUAGUUGCAAAGCUGGAGGCACAUUUGGGUUUUAGGCAAAAAAAAAAGACUGUCCAACAACUUAGAGCUGCUGGAUAUGCUACAAAAAAGAGGCAGUCAAAGGUCAACUCAAAAUACAGGCUUAAAAUAAACAGAAUUGUUACAAUGUAUAUGCUUUUGUGGGUUGUUUUAGGGCAUUAUGAAGUUGAUAACAGUCUUUAUUGAUAUGAAAUCCAUUUUCCUACCUGGGAGGUAUGUUAGAAUCUUCUGGGGAGAUUUUGGGCUCCAGCAGAGCGAACAGCAUGGCCUCCACCGUCCUCAUAUGAGCCAUAACAGGGAACAGAGUUGUAUUCUGGACUGAGAUGGAGGACUUCUCUAUUAUGUAGAAGUCCGCCGAUGGGAGAAGUGCCACAACUGAAGAGACCUGUUGGCAGAAUAGAUUCAUUUAAAAUCUCAAGAAAGCUGGAUAUGAAUUUAGAUUCCACCCAAAUAUAUCAAAAUUAUAACACAAAGUGCUGUUAUAUACCUACAAGAAUGCUUCAUUUAAAAUGGUCUGAUAACUAUACUCACAUCAUACAAAUAAGCGGAAGCCAAGUAUGUUCCUUUCAAGAAAUUGUGACAAUCCUUCUGUCGCCACUCCAGCACAGUCAUUCCACGGUCAACGUGCGCCCAGGCGAUUUUAUUUGUCCCGCAUACUAUCGACACUAUGGAGCUGGCGUCCUGAAUGAGCAAACAGAAUCACAAAAAGUGACUGCAAUGCAUUGCCCUGCUUCUUAUUUUCACCCUUAACAUUGUGUUUGACAGCUGACAGGCAAUGAAAUUAACACUCAAUCUUUAACAGUACACUCAGAGGUCAGGAUGAGUCCUCCAUUAACAAAAGGAGACUGUCACUUUACUUUUCAGAGUACUGCUAACAUCCCAGUGAUUUUGUUCUGUGGUUCAUGGUUAGCGCUGUCAUUAAAGUGACUAAUCUUGACACUAACCCUGUUUUCAAACUGUGUUCAGAAAGUGUGAAAGACAUGGUAGGAGAGUGUAAGUAAAAACGUCAGCCAGUUGCACUGUGGGGAAACAUAAGAUGCAGCAUUAUUGUAAAUUUAGCCACAGUUAGAGACUGCUGGUAAGGAACAUCUGCCUCUGCUGCAUACCUUUUUAAAAUCUGGAUCUCACGUGUUACAGUUUGAUAGCAGCACAAUAAUAAAGUGUAAUAGCAGCCCUGUUAGCAUCACAAGUAUACAAUCUGGUGAGGCAGUUCCUUUCAUCCUCAAGCAGGGUGCACAUUGCAAAUACGGAGACAUGAAACCAAAGCCCCAAGACAAAGUCAGCCGCACACUUAAUGCAUUUGCUUAUUUUUAAUGAAUUGACAUGACGUUGUAGAAAUCUGUUUCCACAGUUUCUUUUUCAGAAAUUCUUGUCCAAAAGGCCAAAUGUAAUGACCGUGAUGCAGUGUUUAGAAGCAAGAAAAGAGGAAAACUUCCAAGGGGGGUUCAUACUUUUAAUCCAAUGUAUGAUUAUAAUUAUUUAUAGCCAGAAUUUUAAUGUUUUAUUCCUAAUAUUAGUGUCUGAACUACCCCAGCACCACAUAUCCGG